UGUCAUCGAGGACAUCAGGGCAAUGGCUCAAAGUGUGUUGGUGCUGCUGCUGUGCGCUUGGCUACAUGCUACCACAUCGACCACAGCCGCCCAAUCUAUCGCUAAAGACCUCAAUGAUUCGCUGCUAUUGGUCGUGGGGGACGUGACCUCUUCGUCGGCUCGCAUCCUGUACGACCAAGUACCUCUGUCCGCCUCGAUGCUCAGCGUCCAAGUACAUAAGACCAUGGCGACGACACUGGAAGCAUUGGCAGGCUCUACACCGGCACAGACACUUGAUCGACCUCUAACAGAUAUCGCAUCACGUCCACGAGUAAUUACACUGCGAGAUCUGGAACCAGGACGCAGAUACGUGGUGCAAUUAUCAAUAAACGAGCCGAAACAGCAGGCGACAAUCAUGUUCCACACGGCGCGAGCGCAGAGCGACGGAGAAGCGUGGACAGACCGAGUGGUCGUUGUCUCCUGCGACCGCUUCGUGGAUGACCACGACGACGUAUUGAUGGAGCGUAUAGCGAGCGACAUCGAAGCGCACGAUGGCGCCUUAGGAUCGUCGACGGUGCACUUUGGCACGGCUCAUCUAGGUGAUCAGAUAUACGCAGAUGCCGGAGAACUGAGUAUCAAAGUAGUGCCCUUCCCAUUAAAAGAUAUGAAAGACGACAAGAAGCGUCGUAUGAGGUAUGACGCUGUUCUGCAGCAGUUCCGUGGUAUCUACAGGAAAACGUUCGGGAGGAAGGCAGCUCAGCGCGUGCUGCGUGUCGGAGCGCAUUGGAUGAUCCCUGACGACCAUGAAAUCGUCAACAACUUUAACUUUGAGCUCGUGCAAAAGGCUUUUCAAGCUCCUCACAAUUUGCUAUUGAGCGAAAGUGAACGCGAGCGGCUUGUGGCGCUCCAGCUGCAUUGUCGAGCUGGACUGCAAGCCUAUUACGAGUUCCAGUAUCAACUGUACCACGACUUUCCAUGGGACAACGUGGACUUCCUCGAAGACGCACUCGGUGACAUUAUUCGGACUUACCCUGUGUACUUUGCAGUGGAACUACAGCAGCUUAAACUGUUGUUCCUAGAUGUGCGCUUUGAUCGUAGUUUUUUCGACCAAAGAGAAGAUCUACCUAAGCUCGUGAGUGACCAGCAGAGACAAUAUAUCAAUGGAAAACUGCAAUCCUGGAGCCAGGAGGGCGAGAACACCGCAGUCGUGUUUGCCAGCAUGCCUCUGUUUUUCCAGUCAGCGUUCUCCGCGGCGAUAGCUCACAUCGUUGAGCACGAAACAUACCCGGGCAUGGCAGAGCAGCGACCUGGACUAGAGGAUCUUUUCCAGUUAUUCCAGAGGUCGUCACCGUUGAUACGACUGCUAGUUGGUGGCGAUCUGCACAUGCUGGCUCACUCUCGCGUGUGCCCGAGGGAGGGAUUCAACUCUAGCUGCUUGGAUCAACUGAUCACCAGUGGAGUCACGAACGGUUCGACGUCGAUUCAAGACCCAAAGUUGAUCCCUUACUACUACUUCAUCACUCAGCUAACACCGGUGUUCGAGAUAGCUUACUCAUGGGCUCGCCUUAUCCCCUUGCUGUCAUCACUUUUGCCGCGGAGCUCACCUUGGUAUAUAGAGUAUGAUCGCGUCUUCCUGGGCCGAAAUUAUGGAAUCCUCGAGCUUACUUCUGAUGGGAACUUCACAUGGGCUCAAACUGUUACAGAGCCUUACAAUGAGGUAUACCAACGUCGUGUGCAGUCCGUAAUCGACGCGUCUACACCUGAAGUUGUGGCCUUUGUGGUGCUAUUGAUUGCCAUAUUCAACGUUAGUAUUACCUAUCUUGUCGUAUUGAAGUGCUGUACCACUAGAAUCCCGAAACGAAAGACGCAGUAGCGAGCAACUAACACGAAUAACAACACCAUUUUUUGUUUUAA